GCGUGCUCGCCCGAAAUGGUGCUCCCGAUUCCUUUCAUGACGACAACGAGAGGCCCAGUCUCGCGCCGUCUUGGCCCCCCGCCAGACGGGGGCUCGCCUUGGGAGUUGGACCGAGCGAACAAUCCAUCCCCCUCCUCCUCGGAUGGAGAACACACUCAUAGUAGUUAUAAAGCUGAACCCCCGGCGUGUCGGGCUCACGAGAUGAUUCCUUUCUCGCUAGCUCCGGUCUCCCACAGGUCAUCCGUCAGCCAAACACAAUGGUCAGAAGCAGUCUCUUGCUGCCGCUCCUUGCAGCGGCUUCCGCCGUCCAAGCCAAGGCCCCGUCUCCCAAGACCGUCGCUGGUGCCUUCAUCGUCGAGUUGGAGGAUGGACAGGAUGCCUCCGAGUUCUACGCAGAGGCAGAGAACGAUGCUAUCACUCGUUUGAACCUCACCUACUCUCUUUUCAAAGGCGCGUCCAUCCAGUUCAAGAACCUCGACACCGCCGACCAGAAGGCCGCCAAGCUCGGCCAGCUCGCUUCAGUCAAGAACAUCUGGCCCGUGAGGACCUACAGCAUCCCCAAGCCCGAGGUUGUCUGGACCGGUCAGCAGGGCCGCGACUACAUCGACCUCAGGAAGCGCCAGGAGGGCGAGGAUACCUUCUCGACCCACGUCAUGACCCAGGUCGACCAGCUUCACGCCAAGGGCGUCUCAGGCAAGGGCAUCAAGGUCGCUGUCAUUGACACCGGUAUCGACUACCUUCACCCCGCCCUCGGUGGCUGCUUCGGUGCCGACUGCCUCGUCAGCUACGGAACUGAUUUCGUCGGUGACGCCUACGAUGGCUUCAACGAGCAUUUCCCCGAUCCCGAUCCCAUGGAUUGCGGUGGUCACGGAACCCACGUUGCUGGUAUCAUUGCCGCUCAGAGCAACCCCUUCGGAUUCACCGGUACUGCCCCCGGUGUGACCCUCGGUGCUUACAAGGUCUUCGGAUGCGAGGGCCAGGUCAGCAACGAUAUCCUCAUUGCCGCUUACAACCGCGCCUACGAGGAGGGCAGCGACAUCAUCACCGCCUCCAUCGGUGGUCCCUCUGGUUGGACUGAUGAGCCCUGGGCCGCCACCGUCUCAAGAAUCGUUGAGGCUGGUGUCCCUUGCACAGUCUCUGCCGGUAACUCUGGUGACCAGGGUAUCUUCUUUGCCUCUACCGCCGCCAGCGGUAAGCACGUCACCGCCAUCGCCUCCUUUGACAACAUCAUCACCCCGGCUGUUCUCAUUGAGAACUCCUUCACCAUUGCCGGCGGCGAGUCCCAGAACUUCUCCUACACCCCCGGUGAACCCCAGAACUGGGCUGGCGUCGACCUUCCCCUCUGGGCCACGAGCACCGACUCCACCUCUACCGCUGCCCUCGGCUGCGACCCUUACCCUGCCGGCACUCCCGAUCUCAGCGGUAAGAUCGUGCUCGUUCGCAGAGGUACCUGCACCUUCGUUACCAAGGCCCAGAACGCCGUCAACGCUGGUGCCAAGUAUGUCAUGCUCUACAACAACGCCGCCGGUGCUGGCUCUGUCUCUGCCGCCGUUGAGGGUCUCGAGGCUAUUGGCAUGACCACCCCUGACCAGGCCGCCGUCUGGCUCACUGCUCUUGCUGCUGGAUCCGAGGUUGUCCUUCACAUGACCGAUCCCAAGGAGGCUGAGCAGAUCCUGAUCAACUCCAACAACACCGCCACUGGAGGCUCCAUCUCCAGCUUCAGCUCCUGGGGUCCCAACUGGGACGGUCUUCAGAAGCCUCAGUUCGGUGCCGUCGGUGGUAACGUUCUGUCCACCUACCCCAGAGCCCUGGGAAGCUACGCCGUCCUUUCUGGUACCUCCAUGUCUUGCCCCCAGACCGCCGGUAUCGUUGCCCUGAUCGCCGAUGUCCGCAAGACUCUGGACCCCGCCACCAUUGAGAACCUUCUCUCUGCCCACGCCAACCCCGUCAAGUUCAACUACGGAACCGGCCCCGAUGCUCUUCUUGCUCCCGUUCCCCAGCAGGGUGGUGGUCUCGUCCAGGCUUUUGAUGCCGCCUACUCCACAGUCAUUCUUAGUCACUCCAGCCUUUCCUUCAACGACACUGACAACUUCAUCCCCGAGCUCAACUUCACCAUCAAGAACACCGGCGCUGAGUCCGUGUCCUACGACCUGAGCAACGUCGGUGCCGCCACUGCCUACACCUUCGAGGCCGCUGGAGAUCUUUUCCCUGCUGUCUUCCCUAAUGAGCUGUCCGCUGAGUACGCCACCCUUGCCUUCAGCGAGGAGAAGGUCACCGUCCCUGCCGGCGGCGAGGUCACCGUCCUGGUCACCCCCACCCCUCCUACCCUUGACGCCGGCCGCCUCCCCGUCUGGUCCGGCUUCAUCGCCCUGAACGGCUCCGAUGGCACCAGCCUUUCCCUUCCCUACCAGGGCAUCGCCGGCAGCCUCCACAGCCACGUCACCCUCGACCAGGCCCUCAUGACCACCUCCACCAGCGCAAAGGCUGAGGAGUACGAGCCUGUUCCCAGCAACUACACCUUCACUCUCCCUCCCCCUGGCACUGCCAACGAGACCAAGGCCGUCCUCCCCGCCCUCGCCGUCAACAUGGCCUUCGGCUCCUCCUUUGUCCGCGCUGACUUGGUUCCCCUGACCACUUGCCCCCCUAACAUCACCCACGAGGUCUGGGGCAUCAAGACCCUCGGCCAGCCCCGCUCCUUCCCUUACCUGUACGUCUCUCGCGGUGUCUUUGCCGUUAACUUUGACGGCCAGCUCGAGGACGGCACCUACGCUCCUGCUGGCAAGUACAAGUUUGCCAUCAAGUCUCUCCGUGUCUUUGGUGACGCGACGAAGCUUGAGGAGUAUGAUACCACUGAGACUGAGCCGUUCCGCAUCGUUUACGGUGCCGCGAACGCGACCGCUCCUGCUAGACACUAGGAGAGUGUAGCAAAUGUGCCACGAUAGCAUCACACGUCUAUACGACAUCUCUUCAUGUAAAUAAUUUCAUAG